CCACAUAUCUAGGGGCGCGUCCUCCUCUGUGCGGAAGACCCCCUUUAGCGAUGCUCACCUUCCCAAUACAGGAUAUUAUUGUCGUCUGUUUCCCGUUCUCUUCCAUAGGCAUCUAGCCAUGUAUCCCUAAAAAGUAGCGGCAUCUUUUGAUCUCAUCCGUUUUGUGAUGUUGUUCGGUUUCGCUUCGUUGUUGGCCACGUCGUUGCUAUGGAGCUGCUGCUUCGGCGUGGCUUCUCCCCAACCCCCGUAUGGGCACCAGAUAUCCCCCAGGAUGGUGGAGUCUCCUCAGAAGUGUAGUAUGGACGACGACUGCGGGGACGCAGAACUGCUCACCUGCGACCUAGAGCUCAAAGUGUGCAAGUGCAGAGAAAAAUACUCAAUCCUCUCCUCCGCCGGAUCCUGCCUACCAGCCCGUCAGCUGGGUGAAGAAUGCGUAGAACAUGCUCAGUGUCGAGUCUUUGAGAAGAAUGCCUCUUGCGAAGAAAACUCCUGCGUCUGCGAUUCGGGGUUUUACCUCCUACACGACAACAACGGCUCGCUCUGCAAUCCAGGAAAAUCAGCUGGUGGCUCUGGAGAUUACUCAACGGUGACUUCAGGCGUGGAUAAAAACAUGAUUAUCGUGCUUGCAGUGUUGAGCAUCAUGUUCGUCGGAAUUUGUGUGGCCCUACAUUUGUUUAGCAAAGCCCGUUUCAGGAACAGGAGGACCAUCUUCAACUCUCCCCAUCCUCGGCUCAUGCACAUCAAGUUGGGAAAAAGGAAGAAGUCCAGCGUCCGGACGCAACACCUUCCCCCGCCUCCCGGUCAGUUCAUCCCACGACACCAUAGUUUCUCCGGACACCACUCUCCCUAUCCCGUUCCCAGAGUAUCUAAGACGCGAAGCCACGAGUGCUUACGGUCGGCCCUCAGCCGGGAGUCUUCGCCCAAGUUCGAACGCCGCCCUAAGACGGCGCCCCUUGCCGAGAGGGAAUCACUGCCCUCGAGCGAGGACCUGGACAAGAAGACUCCCGAGCCUCUGCAGAACGGCGGCCUACCAAGCCGGCUGAGCGAGGAGGAAAGCCAGCCGCAAGCCCCGGGCUCCCCAACAGUCAUAAUCACGGAUGCAGAUGGGGCGCACACAGUGGUAACGAGCCGCGCAACCUCCCCAGGUUCCGCCGUCAACGUCUGAGCCAUUGUUCUCAUCCAGUUCAUCAUCCCGCUUCUCAAACAUUUUAUUUGGAAUGUGAGGCUAACACACAUCUCUACGCUUAAUUUGAAUGAAUAUGGGUAUCAAAAGGGUUCAUGGGGCUUGGAAUUUUUUAAAAGUUUGAUUCAAGGUCAAAAGUCAGAGAUAAAAAAAUGUAUUAGAAUAAUGCAAGAAUUUUACAUUAUUCUUCAUUGACAUAAAGAAUAAGCACAGAAUUCACACAAGGUUUAUUGGACAUGUAUUAAAAGAAAAGUCACUUGAGGGUUCUUAUUCAAUCGUAAGAUAUGCAUAGAUUUGUCAUAAAAUUUAAAAAGAGAAGAAAGUAUGAAAUUGCUCCAAAAAUUUCAGUAAUUAUAAGCACUGAAAUGCUUAAUGGUUUUCAAUUACAAAAGCUGAAUCUGUAAAAAUAUUGUUCUUAAAUUGAAUUUGAAAAGUUUGGUGCCUUAUUUCAACCUAUAUCGCUAGUUUGCAAUUUCAUAUGGCUACAAUGAUGAGAAUGCGCUUAGAGCAAAUAUUCCACGCCUUUUCGAAUCCCGCUUUUCUGCUUGACAAUGCAAUGUGCUCGAAUUAAAGUAGUCCGUUAACUGCCUCAGCAUCGAAUUUUUCUAAUCAGCUCACAGGCUUUGUUCUCGCAUUAUAGUCAAGAAAUAAAAUUUCAAUUUUUUUACAUAUAAAUAUUCAAAUUGUAAAUCAACCGGUUAUAAAGAAAAUUCAUUAAAAACUAUAGCCAAUAUUCUUUCGAAAAUUUCAUGAAAAUUGUUAAGUUUUUCAAUUAUUCUUUCCGAAUAUGUGCAUAUACAAUUUUAAAAAAAUCACUUUCGAAUUAAUCUAUGAAAGAAUGAUCUAUUUGGGGAAAGAUAAUUAAAAUAUGUUCUAUUUAAAUUUUGAAAAGACUCUAUAAAACAGUUUUUCUAAGUGUUCUGAUGAACAAAGUUAAGAAUGUUCUUUCUAUAUAAUGAUAUUCUGAAAAAGUAUUCAAAAAUUUCACAUACAACUAAGUAUUUUAAUAAAAUACUAAGAGCUAGACUCAGAGCUCUAACUUAGUAGUCAGAAAAUCACAUUUUCAAUUUGACAAACAUAGUUCUAAAAAGGUAACUUUUAAUCAAAUUUUAAUGUUAAUAUUGUGCAAAUUUUGCUUACAUUAAUGAAAGCUUAGCUUAUUUAAAUAUUGUAAAAAUGCUUUUAACUGCAAACAUAUUUAGCUUGAUAAAGAUUCAAAUAAUGCACCAAAAUAAAUUCUACGUUUAGCCUCACUUUCCAAUAACUUUUUUUAUUUUUAAAUAUCUGUGAUCGACUUUUUCCAAGUAGCCAGUAUUGAAAAGAUCAAAUCUUGAAACUUAGUUUCAUGUUGUUGGUAAUUAUUGUUGUUUUAAGCCCAUGUUUUCACUUCGUCUUUUAUUUUUCUGAAACUAUAACAGAUGUAAAAAUACUGUUUCAGUCAUUUUCA